AUGCCUGGUUAUACUAAAUUUAUGAAGGAUAUGGUUACAAGGAAGAUAUCGUUAACUUUUGAGGAUGAUGACCGAAUACAGCAUUGUAGUGAUAUUGCUACAAGGUCUCUUUUGCAGAAAAAGGAUGAUCCGGGCGUUUUCACUAUUCCAUGUGCAAGCAUAAACCUCAUGCCUCUUUCCAUUUAUAAGAAAUUGGGUUUGGGUGACCCAAACCCUACUGCAAUGUGGUUACUAAUGGCUGAUCGAACAUUGAAGAAGCCCAUUAGGAUACUCCACCAUAUACUCGUGAAAGUGGAGUCGUUUAUAUUUCUUGUUGAUUUUGUGAUUCUUUACUCUGAUGUGGACUUUGUGGUUCCUAUUAUUCUUGGGAGGUCCUUCCAUGCCACUAUUCAUGCCUUGGUUGAUAUGGAGAAAGAGCAGAUGAAGUUUAUGUUGAAUAAUAAAUGA